UUUCAGGACCUUCCUUAUAGUCUCCCUAUUCACGUUGUAACGUUUCAAACUAUUCGGUAAACCGAGUCGGGAGAAAUGUUUUGUAAACAAAACCUCUUCGACGCCACUUUCACAUCACCUUAACUGGCGUUGCUUCCACGCCGAAGCUCUCUCGCCCGACUUUAAACGGCGAUUAACUUCCAUUCAAUGUUGGAAUAUUUCGCCGGAAGGUCGUUGCGACAUGUCGGUACGGCAAUCGAAUCGAUUGCUCUAAGCGUAAGACCCUUAACUGUAACUCCGAUCGCUUACACAAUGUCGAAGACGCCGUCACUUAUGUGCAUAAUAAAGUGCAGCGAUAACGAUGCAGCGCGUUACUCGAUUCGCGACCCUGCGGGUCUUGCAAUUGAUGCAAUUCAGAUUUUCCCUUUUCUCUCCUUAUCUUGCCGUUCUGAAAGAUCAUUUCCAUCUUAUCACUCCUUUUCGAAGCUGUCGCAACUAGGCCACGCAUCGGGCGCGCAAUUGUCGUAGGAAAGGAUCGGAAAAUGACGCGUUAAUGCAACGUUACGAGCUGCAAUGAGAUAACGCACUUUGUACGAGUGAAGGUCGGCCGCCGAAUGCGAAUAAAAGAUCUAAUUGUAAGGAAAUUUGCCAUGUCGCCAGUGGAAAAUAUCUGUCAUAGAUAGGGAACUCCGUUAAUUACUUGAAUCAUCCGACCGCUGAUGGAUGCCUUUAUCAAGUCGAAUAUCACCUUAUCAAUGACAGUCAAAGAGACACUAUCUGAUCUCGAGAAGAAAAAAAAGAAAAUCGGGGAAGUCUUUGUAUACCGGAAUGACGGAAUGAAAUUGAUUAUUUGCUAAAUGAGCGCGAUGAAAGAAUUAAAAAAAAAGAAAAAAAAACAUUUACCGCGGUUAUCAUCUGCAGUGCUCUAGCGACUUUUUAUUUUUCACAUGCGCUAUGCAUAGGUGAAGGUAAUCGACACAAAUUGGACCGCAAUUUCAGGGUCAUUACCAGAUCGCCCCGAUGGGGCUACGUUAUACUCUUCUGGAAUUAAACGAAUACAGUCGGUCUAGGGAAUUUUCAAAGUCCCCGAAAAUCGCGUUUAUCAGUUACUUAUCUUAAGUGGCAAUUUUUUUCGCAUUUCCUCGCUCGCCCUCUCAUCUACUAAUUGAAGAGUGAACGCAUACGCCGCGGUUUAUCGAGUUUCAGGCAAAUGGGAACAUCUGUUCUUAACGGAAAUCUCCCUUCUAUCUUCCGUGUAACACUUGAAUCGGUAACUAUCGUCGAGCAUCUGUGAUGCGAUCGCUUUUAUCAGGACCUGUGCCUCGUGUGGGUGGAGGAUCGUUUUGACUUUCAAAGCUCCGAUUAAUCAGACCGAGGAACAGUCGUUCAGUGUUCGUUGCGGCAUUCGCACAUCCAUGAUUUAGCGGAUAUUAGAAAAAAAGAAAAAAAAAAGAAGAAGAGGAAGUAGAGACUAAGAUAGAAAAAUAGAGAGAAAAUCACGCGCAUCUCGGCCGGAAAUUCGGUCGGCAAGCAAACAAUAGAAAAUAUGUCCCGCCGAGGAAAUCCCUUGGAUUGAGUCGACUCCACUCGAUGUUGGAGAACCGAAAAACUUAAACGCGGUGUGAAUAAAUCUUCGGGCCAAAUUCGUGAUAAUGGGCAAAGGCAGAGACUUCAUCUCCUGUCGGGACGUCCUUUGGUACCUGGUGUUCUCCGGAUUUGCGGUGAAUUACAUAUUAAGGAUCAACUUGAAUCUCGUGAUAGUGGGCAUGGUGGUUCCUCGAGAAAAGCCCGUGGCAGCGGCGCAGUGUGCUCUUCAGGGUGAACCCGAAUUCGGGAGGAACUCUUCGGGAACUUCAAACACGACUUCGCUCCUCCCGCCCGCGCCGAUCCUGCCGAAAGACACGUACGAGGAUCGGUUCACCUGGAACGAGUACGAGCAGGGUUUGGCCCUGGGUGCUUAUUACUGGCUCCACUGGACCACUCAGCUUCCCGGGGGACUUUUAGCUCGCAAAUACGGCACGAAAUUGGUAUUCGGAUUCGCCAACAUCUUCACGGCCAUCCUGGGACUCCUCAUACCCAUCGCUACUCGAUAUCACCUGUACGCCCUCGUCUUCAUCAGGGUUCUUCAGGGCCUCGUUGCGGGUGUCGCUUGGCCCUCGAUGCACGACAUGACCUCCAAGUGGAUCCCACCCGACGAAAGGAGCAAAUUCGUCAGCGCCUACCUUGGUAGCUCAGUCGGGGCUGCAGUGACUUAUCCUCUGUGCGCAGCAUGCGUGCAUUGGUUCGGAUGGGACUCCGCAUUUUACGUGACGUCGUUAGUAGGCAUAGCCUGGUACUGCUUCUGGGCGCUCCUGGCCUUCGACUCGCCCCAGCAGCAUCCGCGCAUCUCCAGCAGCGAGAAGAAAUACAUCCUGGAGAGGAUCUCCGGGUCUCUGGGGGAGAAGGACAGUAAAGUGCCCUGGAAGGACAUCCUGACAUCCGGACCACUCUGGAUAACGAUCGCAUCCCACUGGGGAGGAGUCUGGGGGUUCCUGACCCUGAUGACCCAGGCUCCCUCGUACUUCAACUUCGUCCACGGAUGGAACAUCAACUCGACAGGCAUCCUGUCGGGUCUUCCUCAUGUUCUGAGGAUGGCUUUCUCCUACGCGUUCUCCAUAUUGAGCGACUGGCUCCUGAGGACGAAGAGGAUGUCUCGGACGAACGUCCGGAAGCUGGCGACCUUCGUCUGCACGGGUCUCCAAGGAAUCUUGACAGUGGCUCUGGCAAUGAGCGGCUGUCAUCCCAAUCUUGCCAUAAUCUUCAUGAUGGCCGGCACUGCUGUCAACGGAGCCGUUUCUGCGGGAACUUUGGCUAUUUUCGUGGAUCUCAGCCCGAAUUAUGCGAGUGUCCUCCUCGGGUUCGCCGGUCUCGUCACCGUCGGUGCAGGCUUCAUCUCACCCCUCGUCGUCGGUUUAUUAACCAACAAUAACCAAACGAUCGGGCAGUGGCGAUUGGUCUUCGUAAUCUCCGCCGUUAAUCUGAUCGUGAGUUGCCUAAUUUAUAUAUUCUUCGGGUCCUCGGACGAGCAAGAGUGGAAUAAUCCAAGCUCGACUGGAAGAGAACCCGAAGAGUUGACGAAGGUCAAGUCGAAGUCGGAAGAGAACGCCGACGUCGAGGAGAAAUUCCCCAUGAUUGCUCAUCGUCCGGAGAAGGAAGUUCGACGGUGAAUUGACCCAGGGAAGCUGCAAAAAAUGAUAAAAGUGUUUAUCUAGCUCGAUUUUAAGAGCGGACAUUUUCGACCCUUUGGUUGCCCGGAGCCUUUUUUUUUUCUUUUUUAUUUUACCACGAUCCAAAAUGUAAAGUCGACUUAAGCAUUCCCGACAGCCAAAGGGCUAGACCUUGAAAUAGGACUUAAAUAAAUCUGUUGAAGUACAAUUUCACGCGA